CCGACGCCGACGCAUAUCUGGUCUUCGAAGACGCGCGGCUUCUGAAGGCGUUCGGCUCCAGCGGCAAUGCGGGGUCAAUGUCGCUGACGACAUUGAGCUAGACGUCCACUCCAGUGCCCACCGCGCGUGAUACGACGGCCAUCUCUUGGAACUACCACCACCAUCUCUGCGCGUUUCGACUCUUUUAGGGGUCUUGCGACACCAUGGUCAACUCGCUCACGCGCCAGGCGGGCUUCAAGCUCGGCCCUAUCAUCCUCGACGUGCUCAUCAAGCAUUACUUCGAACGCGUCUCGAAAGACAACGAGGAGAAGGACAUGCCGAAGCUCCUGCAGGAGGAGCUGCUCUACGAUGAGGCGUUCAACAUUAUCAAGUCGUUUAUGGAGGCUGCGACAAAACAUACAGUGGAGGAGUUGCAGGCGUUCUCGAAUACGCGGACUCCGAGUCCUCCGUGGGUGCAUGCAGUCCGACUGCUUGUUCCUAUGUCAUGCUGCGACGAAGCCGCGAAGUAUUUGAUCAAGGCCCUGGGCGGUGAAGAGUUCACCAAACGCGUUGUUGGUGGUACGAAGUGGUGGCAAGUCCGCGGCGUGAAGGGCGUAGAUGGUGAAUGGAUCGUGGCCAAGAAGGAUUGGCAAGAAGCCAAACGGCGGCAGAAAGCACGAGAGUCGUCCACUGAUGGCGGUCCGUCCCUGGAUCAGCCUAGCCAAGAAACGCCCGCAACUUACGAACCGGAGAUGGACGAAAUGCGAUGUAUCUUGUAUGCGCAUGGAGGCGGUUAUUACUUCGGCAGCUUCGAUCAGGAGAGGUACUGCAUACAACGGCUCGCACGAAAGAUCAACGGGCGUGUUUUCGCCGUCAACUACCGACUUGCUCCGCAGUAUCCUUUCCCUUGUGCCAUUCAGGACUUCAUUGCUGCAUACUUGUACCUGAUCAGACCGCCCCCUGGAGCCCUGCAUACAGCCGUGUCGCCUUCCAACAUUGUUGUAGGCGGGGAUUCAGCUGGAGGCGGGCUGUGUAUAGCCUUAUUGCAGGUCAUCCGAGAUUCUGGGUUGCCCCCACCUGCUGGAGCCGUGCUCAUCUCCCCGUGGUGUGACCUCACCCACUCUUUCCCGAGCAUUCACCUCAACACUGCCACCGAUAUCAUCCCGCAAUACGGACUAUCAUUUCACAAACCAAGCACGCUCUGGCCACCGCCCCCGGACGAGCUGACGACCCAGGUCCGUCAAGGCUUGCGUUCGCGCAUACGGGAUGCCAUCCGACACAAGCCCAAGGACGGUCAGAGCGUGAAGGAGCAAAGCGAUAUCAUCGCAGCUGAGAAGCAGCCGUCCUCCCCCGAGGGCCUGCACCAACCUCGCUCCGCGACUCCCGACCACACCGUGACAAUAUCGGAGAACCAUUCUAGGCGCUCAUUGCAUCUUGGGUCCGCGGUAGCCCUUCUGCUCCCGCUGGAUGGCGGCGUGCGCAGCCAGCGGGUUUCGCUGAAGACAUUAGCAGGGGAGACGCUCUCAAUCGACGGGCAGAUUCACAUGUAUGCACCAAACUUCCUGUUGACCCAUCCGCUCGUAAGUCCUGUAGUGUCGUAUCUGGGCGGACUGCCUCCUAUGCUGGUGAUUGCGAGCGACAAGGAGGUUCUGCGGGACGAGAUCAUCUACCUAGCCCAUAAAGCUGCUCAUCCAGACAAAUACCCUGUCAAGUCCGCGGCUAAGGACAUAUACCCUGCACUCAAGGGUAUCGAAGAGCGCUACGGUCCGACAAAGAUUCACCUGCAGAAUUACGAUGAUGCCGCGCACACCUUGCCUGUCCUUUUUGCGUUCACCACCCCUGGCAAGUUCUGCUUCCGCGCAAUGGCUACAUUCAUCAAACACGUCAGUACUGGCAGGCAGCCCGCCCCGGCUGCAGAUCUACCCACCGUCCUUGAGCACGGUGUCACUACCAUGUCUCCGGUGACCUCGCGGAGCGAUCUCUCCGGCCAAGUCGAAGAAUGGGUCAGAAUCCAUUAUUCGAAUCCCGAGCUGGUAUCGACCUUGGAUGUUCCCCACUCGGAGCCCGCGCCGGAGACUGGGGACAGUAAUGCAAACGGUGUCUCUGAAUGCGUAGCCCCCGUCACUCAAGAGAACAGACUGUCGGUGAACGGUGCCCAGAGGCCAUCGCACCCACCCGUUGCGGAGCAAAAGUCAGUACGGCGGGCGUUCAGCGCGAGAGUCUCGCGCGCCAGUGUGUUCCUACGCCGGAGUCACACUAUUGCGUCGACUUCGGCCUCUGAGACAGGUCAGGUUAGGGAGUCUAGCGGCUCCUCGGACGUCGGUGGACCGCGUUUCCACGAGAAGUCGAAGGGCCCCGAGGGCGUGCGGUACGCGGGAGAGCCUUCUGUCUACGAUAACGGCUUGAUGCUACAGGAUACCAUGAUCCGCGAGCGUGUGUCGACGCGCGGGGUCAUCCGCCCCCUCGAGCCCGAGGCAGAGCUGAGCGCUUUCAUGCUGCCCCCGGAGCGUAUCGGAGAGGUCUCCGAGCUCGCAGUCCGGCGAUACAUCGACGGCACCGCCAAGUUCGGCAAGAAGUUUGGCAAGACGACGAAGGCCGUGGAGAAGGCGCGCCGGCGGACGCUCGAGCGCGCGAAGCUGGACACGAUGCGCAACAUGGCGCAGCUGCAGACGUUCUUCAACGCGGACGGCGAACGCUCCACGCCCCCGCGCACAUGGCAGGCCGAGGACGGCGAGGGCAGCUCCGCGCGUGCGGUGCGCAAUGACACCGCGCAGGGCGUGAAGGAGGGCCUGGCUGCGUCGGGGAGCUGGGCGUGGGCUUGGGCGCUGGAUGCGGACGAACACCCGCCGCCGAGCAGCAUCGUUGCGCGGCGGGAUACGGAGGAGGCGCGGCGGCUCGCGAAGAUCGCCGACCAGGCCGUGUUGAUGGACGACCAGGCCGUGAGCGGGAACAAUCUGUGGUCGCUCAUCGUCAACUUCCUCACCGUCACGCCCGAGCGGGAUGCGCACAAGCAUAAACAUAAGCACGGACAUGCGCACGGCAAUGGCCAUGUGGGGACACCACCGGUGGAAGCGAGCAAGAGCGACGGUAAGAAAGUGGACGCGGAAGGGGCGGGAGAUGUCGCGGAGGAUACGGAGAAGAAGUCGAAGAGGGAGAGGUUUGUUUCCAGGUUCGCGCGCCUCGUCACGGACCAGAGGAAAUCCCGCGGAGCGAACGCCGCUGCAGCGAACGGCAAGGCGGAGCAAUAA